AUGACAUCCAUCUCCAGACCGACUCCGGACAGCGUCCGCCAUUCUCUAUCCAGUCGUACAGCCAUCGUGACUGGCGCGGCUCGAGGCAUUGGAUUUGCGACUGCAUCCCUUCUGGCACAGCAUGGCGCCCGCGUGGUUUUGGUCGAUCUGCACGAAGACGAUCUGAUCCAGGCGUGUGCCACGAUCGGCCAAGGAUCAACAUACCGCACCUGCGAUGUCAGCGACUGGUCUCAGCAACUAGCGCUCUUCGACCAUGUUACCGCCACCAUGGGACCGAUCGACCUCCUCGUCUGCAAUGCCGCCAUUAAUCCCGAGGUCGCGCUGCUGCAGGUCUCCGACCCGGUUCAACAGGUCCAGAUGAGCUCGCAGGUCCGGUAUAACUACCUGGCCGACGAGCCCGAUCAGCAGCAUAAUCCGGCUGUCCUCCGGUGUCCCUCAACCCAGCUAUUCGACGUUAAUGUGAAUUCGGUGGUAUUUGGGAUGAAGCUAGGUGUCCAUCACAUGAAGAAGCAGGGUGGGGGACGCAUUGUCGUAGUGGCCUCUGCUGGAUCAUAUGUUCCCAUCCCGUCGCAGCCUCUUUACGCGGCCAGCAAGCACGCGGUUCUGGGUCUGGCUCGCAGUACCGCACAGAUGCCUGAAGUGGUGACAUCGGGGGUUUCGAUCUCGUGGAUCGCCCCAUGGUUGACGUUGACCUCGAUGGUGGAGGGUCUCGCCGCGACCACGAAUCCCGACACGCUGAAGAGCUCACCCGAGGAUGCGGCGUGGGCGAUUAUUACGGCUGCCAUAGCGGAGCAGCCCAAUGGCAAAGGAUACUGGAUCCAGGGCCAAGCGAUCUGUGAAGUGGAGGGGGCGUAUGGUGAGCUGUUGGGCAAGUUGAUCUUGCCGGAGAAUCGAUUCUAG